GAUCAAGAAGGGCUCGGCCAAGUCUGCGCUGCCCGAGUACACGCCUGCGAAGGUGGUCGCAGGCGAGGAGCUGCUGAUCGCGACCUGGCCCUGCGGCGCAAGCUGGAAGGUCAUCGGCAGCAGCGCCGAGGAGGAGGCUGCGUUGCAGAGGGCAGCCAUUGGCCAAUUCACGCUGCGUGAUAUUCACGGCGACAACGGCAGGGUGCUUUGGUCGUUGCGCUUGGUGAAUCACGCCAAGCGUGGAUCGUGGCUGGUGGUCUGGCGCAUGCAGCCUGGGGGCAAGCGUUUCGAGCAGUUCAUGCAGAUGACAGGGUACGAGAGGCUCGAGGACGCGAAGACCUGCAUGCUGAAGAUCCUCGCCGAUCUCCACGAUGGCACGCUUGACAAGGCGGCGGCGGAGGAGGCCAAAAAGGAGCACCUGAAAACGAACAGGGCGAAAGGAGCAGACGACGCCAGCGAGGGCAACGGCAGCGAGGCUGAGGAGAAGGGCCAGGGCGACGAAGAUGAGGGCGAGGAUGAGGAGGAGGAGGAAGAGUCCGAAGAAGAAGGCCGGAACGGCCCUGAGGGAGACGAGGAGCCCGCGAUCACCGAGGUGAAGACGAGGCAGAGCCGCAAGAGGCAGGUGCCGACGCCAGCUGAGAUGCCGCGGCCCAAGGCGUCGAAGCCUGCCACGGCGCCGCCAGAGGAGGGCCAG